CAGAAACUCACAUACAAGCAGACUUCGGCCAACAGCGGCCAGCCAGCAGAAUUUUAUUCUUUACAAAACAAUUAUCAAUCAUCCGUCCAGACGAACCGUUGGUCAUUGCAGCUGCAGCUCGUCACAGAAAAAUCCCAAAGCUUCGCCUUUCAUUUCUCGAAACUGGGGGGUGAGACCGGAAGCUAGUUUCACAUUUGGAGAACCCCCGGACCUUUUUAUUUGGGGGCCCCUUGUCACUUGUUUUGAUCGCUGUGGCGGUUUCGUUCGGGCUAGCUGUCAAGUUCCGAGACAAACGGGCGAAAUUGCGUCGCAUUCCUUCUGCGCUUCCAAUUCUCUAAUUCUUUUUUUUUUUUCUUCACACAAGUUAAUACUUGGUGAUUUUUUUACUCUGCGCCGAACAGAGAUACUGUUCGUUCUUCGCCUUUACAAACCGAAGAAAUCCCAAUUGGGACCGUGUUGGGAGAAACACUACAAUCAUGGCGGACGCAGAAGAUUACCUCCAAGACGGCUUCGACCCGCGCAGCGUCACCGUGCCGCGACUGCGCUCGAUUCUCGUCACGCACAACGUCGAGUAUCCGGCAACAGCCAAGAAGCCUCAGCUUGUCGAGCUCGUCGAGCAAUACAUCCUGCCGCAGGUCCCGAAGCUACGCGCUCAACGCGCUCGCGCGAAGCGAUCAAGCCAAGGCAUCGUGAAUGCGGGCAGCCCCGAAGAUAAUGGCAGAUGGGAAGACUAUGGGUUGGAGCCUACGCCAACGGCCAAGCCGCGUCGAUCAGCAUCGCCUCGAAAGGCCUCGAGCAGAAUCAAGCGAGAAGAGGAUGAGCCAGCGCCGGCGCCGGCUAAAACGAAGCGCACGUCGCGAUCCGUCAGCCGAUCCGUGAGCCGCCAGCCAUCUCACUACGAUGAGGAUGAGGCAGAUGCGCCGCAGUACGAGGCACCCAAACCAACGCGCCGCUCUGGUUCCCGGAGGGCAGCGACGCCAAAAAUCAAGGAUGAGCCCGAGGAGGAGGAGGAGACGCCCAUUUCCUCUCACUAUGCGCCCACGCCCCAAUCGAGCACCCUUUACGCUACCUCUUCUCCAUUCACCCAGAAAAACACUCCGUUCGCUACCGCUAACGCUACUCCAUACGCCUCUACUCCCUACUUCAAUGCGCCCCAAAGUGCGGUUCCUCCAUCUGUUGUUGCUCAAUAUGAGGAAGAAGAAAGUGUCUUUAGCGACGACAACCCAUUCCAGAGGGGCUCUCCCGCAUUCAAGACGCCGAGCCGAAGACGAGUGGGCGACGAUAUCGCUAGAGGCGAAAAGCUCACUCGACGGCGCCCCGAAGAGUUCAUUGAACCCCUGGCCAUUGAAAGACCAUCCGCUGUUGCGCGAUCGCACGAACUGUCUGCUCGUAAGCCGAGACACCAGUCACCAGAUUUCUCAGUGGAUGCUGGCGAAGAAUUCACUCCCGACGCACAGUUGGAGCUAGAGGAGGCAGCCAGGAGGGGAGAGGCCACCAUUGUGCCUAGGAGACACUCAAAGCCCACCCGCAAGACAAAUCUCAAGACGCCAUUCUUUGUGCUGUUUGUGUCUCUACUCGGCGUCUAUCUAGCCUGGUACCGACAAGAAAAGAUUGCCGUUGGCUACUGCGGGCUUGGCCGGCCUGCAACACAAAUCAUCCCCGACGACGUUCCUGUGCCGGACGCCAUCAUCCCAUUCGUGGAGCCUCAGUGCGAGCCAUGCCCUCCGCACGCUUACUGCUACGAGGACUUUUCUGUCCGCUGCCACAGCGACUUUGUCCUCAAGCCCCACCCCCUGUCUUUCGGCGGCCUCGUCCCAUUGCCCCCGACUUGUGAGCCUGACGGAGAAAAGGCACGCCGAGUCCAAGCAGUUGCCGACAGGGCCAUUGAGGAGCUGAGACAACGACGCGCCAAGUUUGAAUGCGGCGAAUUGGUCGAUGAGUCUGGCACAAAGGUUGACUCUCCUGCCAUCGCCGAGGAAGAGCUCAAGUCGACUGUGAGCAGGAAGCGCAACAAGCGGCUGAACAGCGAUGAGUUUGAAGAUCUCUGGGUGGCUGCCAUUGGCGAAAUCACCACUCGCGAGGAAGUGAUUGUGGAGAUUGCAACAACCACAUCGCCCGGUUCCCCCGAUAUUUCAAUCCGCAAGCUAUCGUCCAGCUCUCUCUCUCGCCUUCCGAUCACCUGCGCGCUCAAGCGCUCCGUCCGCCUCGGACUGGCAAGAUAUCGACUCCCAAUUGGACUUUUAAUGUCCGUCGUGCUGGCAGUCUUUUACCUGCGGGCUCGAUACCGCCAGCACCUGGUGGAUUCGGCGCAGGUCCCGGCGCUUGUUGACCUCGUCCUGGAACGGCUGGCCAACCAGAAGGAGCUGGGCGCGGAGGACUUGGACGACGCUUGGUUGUUUCUACCCAACUUGAGAGACGACGUGCUUCGGUCGGUGCAUAAAGUGGCUGAGCGCGAGAGGAUCUGGCAGAGGGUGAAGAAGGUCGUGGAGCUGAACAGCAAUGUUCGCACAGGCCAGCGAGAGGGCCGGAGUGGUGAGGUUGGUCGAGCGUGGGAGUGGAUCGGGCCUAUCAAGGGCGAGGGAGCCCGGAGAAGACGGAUGAGCGGUCGGUGGACGCGAGAUCCGGUUGCUGCUGAUUCACCUGAAUCGAAGCCAGCUACAGCAGCAGAGGGCAAGAAGUGGACUGAGUCAAGGGUGAUUUACUAAUGAGGGUGAUGGGUUUCAUUUCAUUUUAUUUUUAUUUUUUAUUGAUGGGUUUUUUUACCUGUUCGCGAGAACGAACUGGUGCUUUUCAGGUCGGAUGAUGGGAGUUUUUUUUGUCCAACCGCUGUAUUUAUUAUCAAUUGUCACCUUAUGUUUAUAAAUGUGCGCAUGUGUUUAUUCACUGGUGGGAUUGGGCAGGGUAUCUGGGUCAGUAGGUAGAUAUGAUCAACUGCUAGGUAGGGUUAGUUGUAUUAGUUUGAAUAACAUCAAUGGAAUAAACAAGCAGCAGCUUGAGAUUAUGCCCG